AUGCUGGACAAGAUAGCAGUUUUCACCAAGGGCGGUAUCGUGCUCUGGAGUGAGAGCUUCACGAACCUGGUCGGCAACCCCAUCGAUGACCUCAUCCAGACUGUUCUGCUCGAGGAGCGUAAGGGUGCCGAGAAAUCUUUCAUCGCCGGCAGCUACAAGAUCGAAUGGACCUUCCACAACGAUCUCGAGCUGGUCUUCGUGGCAGUCUACCAGAAGAUCCUUCAGCUGCUCUACAUCGAGGAAAUGCUGGAGCUGGUGAAGAAGAAGUUCUGCUCUCUCUUCGGCGAUGCUGUCAGGGCCAAGACAAUUAAUCUGAGCGGGCCUCUGGCAUUCGACAAGCCAUUCGAGCGCAUUCGCCUGCAGUGCGAGACCAAGGCGCAGGAGGCCAAGCAGGCCCGAGGCGCGCAACGCCGCUUUGAGGACACGAAGAGGGGCAAGGAGGUGGUCGAGAGCACCAAGGCCAAGGGCGAAAAGAAGGAAAAGGCAUCGAAGAAGAGCAAGGGUGAUGAGGGAGAAGCCGACGACAAGAUGGUGGAGGAGGAAGUAGAGCAAACAGGCGACGAUGAAGGCACGGGAGCCGAAGAUGCCUCGGCGACUGGCGAGAGCGCGUCUGCCGCUGCUGAUCCCGAAGCCACCAUCAUGGCCAACAGAGCUGCGCUGCUCAAGAAGAAAGCGGUGGGUCGUGGUCGUGGCGCGCCCGGUCCGAUGCGGAAGGGUCCCAAGCCGAAGGUUCCUGCCGCGGCUCCUCCUGCGGCCGCUGACACCAAGAAGAAGGGUAAGGUGGCGCGCAAAUGGGAGGAAGAUGGCCCCGGCAAGAUCGAUUACUCAGAGAAGAGUGGCCAGCAAGAGUUUGAGGCCAGCGACAAGUACGGCGAUGCGAGCGAACCCAUCAACGCCGACGACUGGGACGCCUUUUUCAAGAACAAGCGCAGCCCGGUGGAUGAAGAAGACGAUGACGAGGAUGAGGGCACUCAGACCAAGUCCGGCAGCUCGUGGAGCAUCGGCUCUAUUUUCUCCGGGCUCACCAACAGGGUUCUCAAACGGGAGGAGCUCAUGCCUGUUUUGGGCAAGUUCAGGGAGACGCUGAUCGCGAAGAACGUCGCCUCGGAGAUCGCCGACGAGUUGGUAGAGUCCGUGUGCACGUCGCUCGAGGGCAAGACGAUGUCCUCGUUCUCGCGCGUGCGCUCUGCCGUGCGAACGACGCUCGAGGAGGCCCUCACUCGCAUUCUCACGCCCAAGUCGCGGCUCGAGAUCCUGCAAGAGGUGGCGCGAGUCAAGAAGGAGGGCCGCCCCUACACCAUCGCCUUCGUGGGCGUCAACGGCGUGGGCAAGUCGACCAACCUUUCCAAGGUGUGCAACUACCUGCUGCAGAACAAGCUCAACGUCAUGAUCACUGCUUGCGACACCUUCAGGUCUGGAGCCGUGGAGCAGCUGCGAGUGCACUCGCGCAACCUGAAUGUGCCCCUCUUCGAGCGAGGCUACGAGAAGGAUCCGGCACUCGUGGCCCAGCACGGCAUCUACGAAGCCAAACAGAAGGGAAUGGACGUGGUGUUGAUCGAUACAGCAGGCAGAAUGCAGGACAACCGACGUCUCAUGCAAGCUCUCGCCAAGCUCGUCUACACCAACAACCCCGACUUGAUCCUGUUCGUGGGCGAGGCCUUGGUGGGUAACGAGGCGGUGGACCAGCUCCGCGGCUUCAACCUGGCGCUGUCGGACUUUGUGCCCUCGAACGUGGCCCAGCCGCGACAGAUCGACGGCAUCAUCCUCACCAAGUUUGACACCAUCGACGACAAGGUGGGCGCGGCCAUCUCCAUGGUCUACACCACGGGCCAGCCCAUCGUGUUCGUCGGCACCGGCCAGAAGUACGGCGACAUCAAGCGGAUGAACGUCAGCACCGUCAUCCGCGCGCUCCUCGACUAA